UAACCAAGUGAAUCCUUUUGGCGGUACGCGGUACGGUUGGGUGUAUGGGAAAUAUUCAGUAGUCCGCUGGCCACCGUGGACUGUGCACGCUUAUUUCUUCAGUAAUACUCUGGCCGGCAAAAGUUUCGAACUUUCGUCGUGUUUUUGUUUGGUUCUAUCGUGUUUUAUUAUGAGAAUUGAGUUUUAAGGAUUGUUAGUGUUUCGUCUGGGAUUUUUAGGAUGUGUUUUAAAAGAUGCUGAAUUGUCGAUAUGAGGGAGCCGCCGCCCGUCGAUCGCUAAGUGAUUGAUGAGACAAGAGCUCUGAUGCCACCAUGAGCGGGAAACGCGGACCCUUCAGGAGUUUUGCUAUCAGCCUUAUACAAAUCAUCACGAUCAUAUGUCAAGUUUUAACAGAGGAGCCAAGGUUCGCUGAGCCGAUACCUAACGUGACAGUGGCGCUUGGCCGCGAUGCGAGUCUGCCAUGCGUCGUCGAACAUCUUGGCACAUACAAAGUGGCCUGGAUACAUAUAGACAGACAGAUGAUCCUGACGAUUCAUCGUCACGUGAUCACCCGACUCGCUCGGUUCAGCGUGUCCCACGACAAUGCUAUGACUUGGCUUCUCCACGUCAGCCAAGUCCAGCAAGAAGACCGCGGAUAUUACAUGUGUCAAGUCAAUACAAAUCCGAUGAUCAGCCAAGUCGGAUAUUUGCAAGUCGUUGUACCACCAAAUAUACUGGACGAAGAAAGUACACAAUCAGCUGUAGCAGUCAGAGAGAAUCAAAAUAUUAGCCUAGUUUGCAAAGCUGAUGGUUUUCCAACACCAAAGAUAAUGUGGCGAAGAGAAGAUGGCCAGCCCAUAUCCGUGGACAAAAGGAAGAAAGUAUAUGAAGGCGACACGUUGAGCUUACAGCGGAUCAGUCGCACGGAAAUGGGUGCCUACCUUUGCAUCGCCACUAACGCGGUACCGCCUUCCGUGUCGAAGCGGAUCAUUGUUGAUGUCGAAUUCUCACCAAUGAUCUGGGUACCAAAUCAGCUGGUGGGUGCUCCCGCUGGAACCGAUGUCACCGUGGACUGUCACACUGAAGCACACCCCCGAGCCAUCUCCUACUGGGUGUACGAUAAUGUCAUGGUGCUCCCAACUAAAAAAUAUGCCAUUAACACCGAGGAAAACUCAUACAGAGCGCACAUGAAACUCACUGUGCGGAAUCUUCAGACCGGCGAUUUCGGUAACUACAGAUGCAUCUCGAAAAACUCGCUCGGGGAAACCGAAGGCUCCAUUAGACUUUACGAGAUACCGAUGCCUUCAACAUCACCGAAAGCAACUGAGAUGAAAAGCAAUGCUAACAAAGAAACAACGCGUCGCGUGAACGCGAGCCGCGCGGUGCAGCGUGACGCGGUGACAGAGCGGCCGAGCGUGGUGCGCGCGCAGCUCGACCGCGCUCCGGACCGCGCGCAUGUCUACCGCGCGCCGCACCCGCACCACGCCUCAGGCUCAAGAAAUCUUCAAUGCUGGCGGCAAUCGUUUUUAGCCAUCGUCGUCUUGGUUCACAUAGAUUUGUUAUCAGAUAUUUUUAUUUGUUUCUAAAUACAAUAAAGAACGUUCUAGAUAUAUAUAUUGUACCUUUAAUUUUAAUUUAAGUUGGCAAUACCAUGACACGUAUUUCAAUUACAAAAAUGAUAGUUACAUUGUAGUACCGUUCAUAUUAGUUAAACCUUUCUGA